AUGUUUUCUUUAGGUAAAGAGUUUUCUUUGCGUUCGCGUGGAGUUUCACAGCGGGACGCUAGUGUUAACGUUACUGCUAAUCCUAUUAUCAGUCCUUCUAAUCGUCGGGGUCGUCCUGUACGUGCAAUGCUUAUCUUCACACUGUGUCUAUUCUUAUUUGUACAUCUACUGCCCCCUAUGGAGGUGAAGAAAAAUAAACCCGUGCAUAUUACCGCCGGGGAAAUGUCUGAAUCGAUUACUGUUAUCCUUACCCAUGCAGAAGGCACAACCACACACAAAGAGGCAGUGAUGGAGAUGACGAAAUCCAUUCGACAGAAGGCAUGGUGUUCAUCUUCUUCGUUGGUAGCGAGCAGUGUGAACCUCGUAUUAGUGUUUAGUUUUCCAAUGGAGUUGAAGUUGUGGCCUGAGACCAUUCCAGUAGGAUGUGUUUCGUGUAGUAGUGCCAAUACUUGGCAUGCUUGGCGUGUAGAUCUCCCCGCACUGCGGUCUGCUGAGGCUGAGUCUAUAGUGCCAUGCGUAAGUGAAGUACUUUUGGUUUUUCCAAGGGAGCAUUUACGAGAUCUCAGCCAUAGUACUGCCGAUAGUGGACUCGGAAGUAGAAGUUUUGUAGGAUUUCCUCUAAUGGUAAAAGGAGCUUUGCAGAUGGCAAGGCGUACGGAGUACUUUGUUGUUAUGGCUCAAUUUCUUUCCCCAUUGAGAGAAAACUUCAUGGAGAAACUACUUGAGCCACUUGGGCGAAAUGAAGGUCGUGUAUUAGCUGUACAAUGUGCUAUAGUGUCUAGUAUGCAUAGUAUUGAUAAUGAUAAUCCACCCGAUGAGCAUCUUAUCGUGGUAGACAAGGGAGCCUUUAUUGGUUACUCUGUAUUGAAAAAGAAAAAUAUGUUACUGCCGUAUAUUCUCCGUCGCCAUAAUGCCCUCAAAGGUAAAGAUGCACGUGUGCGAGGGAGUGAAGUUGUGGAUGGUGUAUCUCCCUUCUGUGGUGUAUUUCAUCGUAGAGCCUUUGAUUCCGCAAAUGGAUUCACUGGAUGGAUGAAAGAACAUACCGUGAAUACCUCUCUUACUAUGACUACAACUUCAACAAAUCGUCCUCUACUCGUGUCGGAAGUGCCAGAUAUCAUUGGAUGGGAUCUUAGUAUGCGAUUACAGGAAAUGUAUCCAACAUGGCAAGUAUGGAGUAGUGGCGCCCUCGCAAUUCUUAAUUCUCCUCUUACUACUACUUCUACUACUCCUAUUCCUAUUACACCAUUACUAUCUAUGAAUCAAUCAGUUUUUCCCGCUGCUUGUGAAUGGGGGUCGCGGUGGUUCAAGACAAUUGAACGUGUGCAGAAUAGACGUUAUGCGGUACUUUCACAAAAACGAGAGCAAAAACACGCGGUGGAUGCUCCACUCGCCCCGAUACUUUUCUUUGCACGUGAUUACUCCUGUACAUGUUGUGGGUUAAUGCGAGAGAUGGUAGGAUACCUUCGCCCGCUGCCAGAACGUUAUCCCGUAUUAUUGCUUGGUGUUCAAAAAAAUGGAUAUUGCUCUGAUGCGGAGGGAGCUGAGAUAGCCGCUUUACAACUAACAGAUGAAUCAUUCGCCCAAGCUUUCUUUAAAACUAUCUCACAUCCCGAUAUCUGGCGAAAGGCUUAUUCAAGUCGUAAACGUAUUGUUAUUAUGCAUAUGCGGGCACACUCGUAUGAACGUGCGCUGCGGGCUGUUCAACCCCGUGCGGAUUACUACAUUGGACGAAGUCUUAGUGAGUCUUCUCUUAUUUCACCCGAGUGGGUACAUGGUAUGCGAGAGAUAGCAGAUGAAGUGUGGGCCACCGGUGAGUUCUUUAGAAGUGUCUAUAAACUCUCUGGUGUAUCCCCUCAGAAGAUUCACGUUGUCCCGGAGGCACUGAAUGUAAAUCUCUACAAUCCAAAGGACUGCAAACCACUACCACUUCCAUUGCCAAUGGGGAAGUUUUACACCAACCUUCCACAUCUUUCACCAGAAGAGCAACAACGCCGUUUUCGAUUUUUGGCAGUACUGAAGUGGGAGUUGCGCAAAGGUUGGGAUGUCUUGUUGGAGGCGUAUUGGAAGGCAUUUGGACCAUCCUCUCCUCUACAUCAUAAUGUCUCCUUGUAUCUAAAAGUAAAGUGGAUGCGGGUGUAUUCAGGAAAUAUAACGGAUAAGAACAUUCAUGAAUUAUUAACCAAUUGGGCAAAGAAACUCCCUGGAUUUACCUCCAUGGAUCAAUUUCCACAUAUUGUCAUUGUAAGUGGUGCCAAAUACCUGAGUGAGGACACACUCCGGCGCUUGUACUGCACUGUGGAUGCCUUUAUCCUUCCCACCCGCUGCGAGGGCUGGGGACUGCCGGCGACGGAGGCGAUGGCGACAGGCAUUCCGGUGCUCACCACCAAUUGGGGCGGCACGACGGAGUUCAUGGCCCCCAACGCGACCUUCGCCAUUCCAAUUGACGGAUUGGAGGAGGUUCCCGCGGGGCUGCGGUACUUGACACUUCCGGGGAAUAAAUGGGCCAUUCCAAGCGUGAAUGGAACCAGGGACCUGAUGCGAUACGUCGUCGAGCACAGAGAACACGCACGGGCAGUCGGCAUGCGGGGACGGCGGCGAAUUGAAGAGUUUUUCAGUGAGGAGGCCGUGGCAGAUCUCAUCGAUAGACGUAUCGCUACUAUUGCAAAGAAACUAGAUGCGAAAGUUUAA